AUUUUUAGUAUGAUUGUAAAUAUAGUUAAAUAAUUAUAUUGAAACAUGUAUACAUCUACUGAAAUUGUAAUUAAAACGUCUGAUAAUAAUACGGAUUUUUACAUCGGUUUAGGAUUAGCUAUCUCUUCUAGUGUGUUUAUAGGUGCAAGUUUUAUUAUUAAAAAAAUAGCUUUGAUUCGACUUCAAAGAUAUGGAGGAUUACGAGCUUCUUGUGGUGGUUUUGGAUACCUUAAAGAAUGGAUAUGGUGGGCUGGUUUGAUUUCAAUGGGUGUAGGAGAAGCUGCAAAUUUUACUGCAUACGCAUUUGCCCCUGCUUCUCUAAUUACACCACUGGGUGCUCUAAGUGUUUUAGUAUCUACAAUUUUGGCAUCAAAGUAUCUUAAUGAAAAACUUAACUUACUGGGAAAGAUUGGAUGUUUCUUAUGUAUUCUGGGUUCAACAAUAAUAAUACUUCAUUCACCAAAAGAAGAAGAAGUUAAUAGCUUGGAUGAUCUUCUAGAAAAAAUUAAAGCACCAGGCUUUAUUAGUUAUGUUUUGAUUGUAAUAUUGUGUACUUUGGUUAUAAUCUUUUAUUUUGGUCCUGUAUAUGGAAAGCAAAAUGUAAUUGUAUAUAUAUUUUUAUGCUCAUCUGUAGGCUCAUUAACAGUAAUGAGCUGUAAAGGAAUAGGAUUAGCAUUGAAAGAAACUAUGUCACUUUUUGGUGCUUUUUCUAAUUCGUUGACAUGGGUAUUUCUCUUUAGUGUUAUUCUUUGCGUUACAUUACAAAUGAAUUAUUUAAAUAAAUCAUUAGAUUUAUUUGAUACCACUAUUGUUAUGCCAAUUUAUUAUGUAUGUUUCACAACAUUAGUUAUAGUAGCAUCAGCAAUAUUAUUUAGAGAAUGGCAUAAUAUGAAAAUUGAGGAUAUUGCAGGAUCUUUAUGCGGUUUUUUUACGAUUAUAAUAGCAAUAUUUUUAUUGAAUGCUUUUAAAUUAAUAGAUAUUAGCUACAAUAACAUUAGACACAUUUUAAGACCAAAGAGAGAGUUAAUUGCUAGCUCAAUUUCACAUUCAAAUAUAAGAGAUGCAGAACGAUUAAUGUCCAGAAAUUCCAAUAUAGAUCAUUCUUAUGGAGCACCAGAUAUAAACAGAACUAUAUAAAAUAUAUAAAUAAUCAGUAUAAACAAAAAAAAACUCAAACAGGUUAAAAUUACAAAUAAGAAAUAGUAAACUUUUAAUAUUAUUUAUUUAUAAGCGUUUUAAAUAAGCUAACACAUUCAUAUUUAUUUUUAACUAUAGAGUAAAAUUAUGUAUAAUAAAUCGUAUGGUGGUUGUGCCUAAAAUUGUAUACAAUACAAUUGUAUACAAUACAAUUGAAGAUCUAGUCUAAUUCAAAUAUUAUCUAUUAUUGUGAUAAUAUAAUAUUUUAGUAAUAUAUUAUUUGUACAUAAUUGAAUUUAAA